AUGGGCCGCCUCGGCCCGGAGUGCGGCUUCGCGCUGCUUCCCGAGGAGGCCCAGGUGAGGGUCUCCGUCGUCUCUGCCGCGGCCCCGAACCUGCGCUUCGCCAGCCCCCCGGAGCGCAGCGACGAGGGGCUGGUGUGCGCCGCGGCCGCCCCGCGGGACUCCGAUUGUGAGCAGGUCUACAGCGGGCGGCUUCGGAGGCAGCCCGUCAGACCAGAGACGAGAAUGUUGACCGAGGACGCCCUGACGCUGGUGGAUCUGCACCCAGGCCCCCGCCCGGCUUCGAGGCGCCUCACUGGCCAGCCGACGGCGACGCCGCGGCCAGCCCCGCCGCCUGCGGCGCGGCGUAAGCGCGUGGGCGAGCUGGGCCGCCGGCAGACGUGCUACGCCGAGGGCCUCGAGUGCGACGACAGCUUCCUUGUGCAGGGGGCCGCGACGGAGCAGACCUACAAGCAGCGCGCGGACCACAUCAGGCGGUUCAAGGACUUCGGGGGCCUGGGGGGCUGGACCAUGCCGGACGACAAGGACCUCGACUCCCCCGUGAUGGCGCACUUGGAGGGGCGCUUCCUGGAGGGCGCGAACAGUCACGCGGGCAUCCACCUGAUCGCGGUGCUCGAUGCGUUCCACCCGAGGCCACCCCGCGCUGGGGCGGUGACGUGCGGGCUCGCUGUGCGGAUGUUGCAGCGGGGCCUGAAGAUCAUGGGCCCGUGGUGCAUCGUGCGCGCGCGCCUGUGCCUGAGGCCAGGCGAGAGCUCGGAGUCGAGGGGAAGCGACUACUUCCCCCUGGCAGGCAGGAGCUCUCCGCAGCGGUCAGUCCUUGCACGGCCUCGGGAGUUUGGCAUGCCCGCGAAGACGCGGGACUUCGACGACUCGGUGGCACGGGGCGUCGACGAGCUGCAGCGGAUGACCAAGAACUUCGUCGAGUGGAGGUGGCCAGGGACGACAAGGCGCGGGACUUCGAGUGCGCGGACCUCGCCACGCCGAUCCGCAUGGCCGCCUCCGCGCUGGGGGUGGAUGACCUCUACCCGUACUCUACGAGGCGCGUCGGGGCCUCGCUGGACGGCGCCGUCGGACGUCGGCUCCUCCCCGAAGUGCAGAGGAGAGGGCGGGAAGGCCCACCGCAGCGCGCCCCGCUACGAGAAAGGCGGGACCGGUGACAAAGGGGCUUCUGAAGCUAAGCCCGACAGUCCGAGAGAAGAUGCAGCGGUGCUAGACCGACCUCGAGGGGAUCUUGGCCGGCCACGUGCCCAGCCCUUGGUGAUGCUCGAUCUGUUCGCUGGAGUUGGGCUCGUCGCAGUGUCCUUCGAGAGUCUCGGCCACACUUUAGUCCCCUUUGACAUCAAGAACGGGGCCCAUGUUGAUAUCUCAGACGUUAAAAUGUUGUCAUUUUUGUUUUGCCAAUUCCGCCAGGGCAGUUCAGAUUGCGUCAUGCUGGCGCCGCCGUAGACCACAUUUUGGCGGCAUUGGGCAAGUUCCGCUACGCUGUAGUCUGCACUUUUGGGGCCUACCCGAUGCUAAGCAGGAAUGGCAAAGCACGCGUGGGCCUGUCUGGGAAAGUCCCCAACGGUCUCUGGAAUACGCUGUUUACCCGGGCCCACACUGAAACAUGUGCCCACUUUCUGGCGUCCUCCUUCGGAAACCAAUUCCGUUGUGGUCGCUUUCGCAGUGUACAUAAUUCGGGUUUACGUAGAGCUGGCCAGCUGUGCUAAACAAUUUCGUCGUGAAUCAUACCGGGCCGUUUCGGCAUAUUGCGUUCUUCGUCAAGCAAAAAGAUUCCAU